AGUCAAUGAAUGUGAUUUUUUUUUUCAGAUUCUUUUUUUCGUUUAUUUUCCUCUUUGUUUCUAAGUCCUAAUUUCUCAUCUUGAACUUGAUCAUGAUCACUCAUAUCUAUCAGUGUCGACGCAAGGAACCCCGUGUGCCCGUCAUUUUACACAUAGUUUUUUCGGUUGCUGAGGUGUUCACGCUUCCCCCGAUUUCGAAAACGCUGAGUCAGACAGUAGCACUUUUUUUUUACACGCUGGGGGAUGUAUCGAAUACGAUUUCUCUGCAUACGAUGAUGAACGUAUAAUAGUUUGAAGAUGUCAGUAUCUCUAUUUCAAACUAGAACGAUUCUGGAUAAGUUUUCAUUUUGAGGACAUAGAGGUAGGGUAAUUUCCACGCUAAAAAAUAGACAUAUUUGUAGUUCUUUCUUAUUGCAGCAAUUUUUGUUUUUUAUUACUAGGGCAGAAGACGAUCUUCAUGAUAAAGUCUUUAUCUGCAUAAAUAUCGCAAACGCAUUUUUGAUUUUUCCAAAAAAAAUAGCCUACUACUUUCGUCAUUGAUUUUGUUAUUAGCCUAUACAAAUUGUAAGUAUAAAAAGCACUGAGAUUCUAUCGUUCAAGUAUACUGGAUUCCCUGAAGUUGAAAAUGGCACAUCGUGUCGAAGCGAUUGCGGGCCAGGUGAUGGCUGGUGGAGCCGCAGCAGAGACGAUCACAAUCACGGACAACCGUACUGGCAAAAGGUAAGAAAAUGUUUUCUAGGAUUAGUUGACAGUGGUCUUCGGCCGCCCACAACGACUUCAAAUUUGUACACAGUGUUCAUAUGUUGAAACGAAGUCUGACUCGUAUCUAUAAUUAGUGGGCCGACAUACAUCACGUAGCUCUCAUAUGAUCUCUACCAUUUCAUCGUCGUGUGCCAAUGUAACUAACGUCACGGUCACAUCUAGUACAAGAACCUCUCACAUUACACCGACAGCUACAAAGUUCCGAUUAAGGACAAUACGAUCAAAGCUACAGACUUGAAGCAAGUGAAGAGUGCGGAAGGCCUCCCAUUGAAGACCUAUGAUCCCGGUUACAUGAACACAACUUGUUGCGUCUCGCGCAUCAGCUAUAUCGAUGGAGACAAAGGAAUCCUAAGAUACCGAGGUAAUAUUUAGCUACGAAGAAACCAAAUCAUGGUAUUGGUAAUGUUAUAGUUCCUACCCUUCGCAUCUAGCUGAGCUACAUCAAAUAUUGUUGCGACUCUUUAUCAUACUUCCUCGUCUCCGUCUACGUACACUUCUUUCUAGGUAUCCCCAUCGAGCAGCUUGCUGAGAAGAGUUGCUACCUGGAAGUCGCCUAUCUGUUGAACUUCGGCAACUUGCCUAGCAAGAAGCAGAUGCAGAACUGGGAAACGUCGAUUAUGGAACAUGCCCACGUCCAUGAAGAUCUGGUGAAAAUGCAUGCCACAUUUCGCUAUGACGCGCACCCUAUGGGUAUGAUUACUGCGGCUUUCGCUGCUAUGGGCACUAUCUUCCCUGAACAGAACCCAGCGCUAGCCGGACAAGACAUGUUCAUUUACAGCCUUAUGACAACAGAAACUCAAGCACUAGUCCUGUCGCGUAUUACUUUUAGUUCGCAAUGAUUAUCAGGACGUUCUUUUUGUCACUCAACGUGCUGGUCAAUCACACAGCUACUUUUAUCUACACUUCAUUUUACAAAUGAAUCCACAGAUACAAAAACCCUGACGUUCGUGCUAAGCAGAUUGCCAGAAUUAUUGGCGCAGGACCAACGCUAGCCGCAAUGGCCUACCGACACCGCACAGGACGGCCGAUGAUCAUGCCCAAUGAGAAACUGGGAUACACCGAGAAUUUCCUCUACAUGCUUGAUGUCAUGAAUGUUACGGCUGGAGGUUGUUUUCAUAGUGGAAGUAUCUAUAGAUCUUGAUUUCAAUCUUUCUAUCUGAUGAUGAUACAUCAUGAACAUAAAGAAAGAUGUUGUUGUUUGUACUAGUUCUUUAGGUAAUAUAAAUAUUAAGUAGAACAAAAGCUCUAGCUCUAAUGAUGAGGGACCGAAUUACAAGCCUCACCCGACUUUGGUCCACGCUAUGGACGUUCUCUUCCUCCUGCACGCCGAGCACGAACUCAAUUGCUCUACGAGCGCGAUGCGUCAUCUCGCAUCAUCGAAUGUCGAUGUACUUGCUUUUUUUUGAUUUGCGUCGAUGUGCAAGAACGUUUAUUUUUGAAAGAAGCGACUCCUGUUAACUACACUGAGCUUCGAUGAGAACCUAGUAAGGAGCAUAACUAAGUAUAUUUUUGAACUGAAUGAUGCUCAUGAUUGACAUAAACAUAAUCAAAAACUAAAUUCUUGAAGGUUUACACCGCGACCGCUGGUGCUUGCGGUGCGCUGUACGGACCGAGGCAUGGCGGCGCUAACGAAGCGGUUCUGCGUAUGCUCGAUAGUAUCGGAGACGUGAGCAAGGUUGAUGAAUUCAUCGAGAAGGUGAAGAACAAGAAAGCCAAGUUGAUGGGCUUUGGGCACCGCGUGUACAAGAGCUACGACCCGCGAGCAAAGGUAGUUCGCAAGAUCCUCGAUGAUGUCUUCAAGCUUACCGGCAGCGAUCCGCUGAUCGAAGUUGCAAUGAAGCUGGAGAAAAUCGCUCUCAACGAUGAUUAUUUCAAGAGCAAAAAGCUUUACCCGAACGUCGACUUCUACUCGGGACUCAUCUACAUUAUGUCUCAACAUUGUUCAAGCUCAACCUCGAGCAGAUGAAUAUAUUAUUAUGUCCUUUGGUCUUCCAUGGUCCACCUCAUUAUUUUGUGGAAACUGCGACUGAGACCAGCCACUUAAUAUCUUAUUGAUCAACUUACGCCUUGUUUUGUUUAUCGCUGAUUAACUUUAACAAGUAGGAAAACAAAAGGCGGGACGAAGAACUACACUUCAUAGAAUUCGACCAGAGGGUCCACCUUUGAAAUACUUGAUUUAAUUUUCUUUUUUCAUGAAGCUCAUAAUUACUAGACUUAAGCGCCUGGCAGCACUCAUCUCACUAGAAUCCUCCACCCUCUGCACGCACUUCCCCCGCCAUUGCGUGGCCCCGCUUACCCGGCCCCUUGCCUACGGAGUUGAUCGAUGGAACAGCACAGGCGUCGGGCUCUUGGCGGCCUGCGGCUAUUGGAUAGGCAUAGGCAUGCCCAGAAAUGGCAGGCGCGGGAGCUUGCUGGCCUUCUGUUGGGUUUGACAUCUUUGCGCUUGGGGAAGGCUGAAGCGUUCAGCUUCGAUUAUAGCGCGCUUGUCUGAGGUUCACUUUCUUGGAUUUGGGUUUCUUAAAUCCAAAAGCUUUCGACUUUACCAAGCUCACUCUUCUGGCAUUCAAUUUCUUGGGUUUGAAUUUCUCAAAUCCAAAAACUUUCGGCUUUGGUAGGUUUUUCUGGGAUUAAACGCUUUCGCAAAUCCAAAAACUUCCGACUUUAACAAGUUGAGCUAAAGUCAACUUCUCGGAUUUGAUUCGCAAGCACCCAUAAGGUAAGCUCCUAAGUUCCUCAGUUCCUAAGUUCUUCAGUUCUUACCUCAGUUCUUGAGUUCUUGGGUACUUGAGUUCUUGGGUUCUUGAGUUCUUGGGCUUGUGAGUUCAUGAGUUCGUGGGUUUAUGUAUGAGUUUGCAAGUUCAUGAGUUUGGGGCGCGGGUGUCCGUCGAAGAGUUUGCGUUUGGGGGGUUUGUGUUUGGAGGGUUUGAGUUUGGAGAGUUUCAGUUUGGAGAGUUUGAGUCUAGAGAGUUUGAAUCUGGAGAGUGCAAGUUUGGAGAGGGUUGUUGUUAAGUUUUUUUUUAGCUCUUACUUUUAAGCGCCUGGUAGCACUCAUCUCACUAGAAUCCUCCACCUUCUGCACGCACUUCCCCCGCCAUCGCGUGGCCCCGCUUACCCGGCCCCGCCCAUGCCUACGGAGUUGAUGGAUGGAACAGCACAAGACGAAGACCCGGGCUCUUGGCGGCCUGCGGCUAUUGGAUAGGCAUGCCUGGAAAUGGCAGGCGCGGGAGCUUGCUGGCCUUCUGUUGGGUUUGACAUCUUUGCGCUUGCGGAAGGCUGAAGCGUUCAGCUUCGACUGUAGCGCGCUUUUCUGCGAUUCAAUCUCUUGGAUUUUAAUUCCUCAAACCCAGAAGUUUUCGACUUUCUUCUGGCAUUCAGUUAAUUUUUUGGGUUUGAAUUUCUCAAAUCCAAAAAUUUUCGAUUUUGCCAAGUUUUUCUGAGAUUUAAUGGCUUGGAUUUGAAUUUCUCAAACCCAAAAAUUUCUGAUUUUAGUGAGUUUCUCUGGAAUUCAAUUUCUUGGAUUUGGUUCGCAGGCGCUCCUAGUCUUAAGUUCUUGAGUUUGUGAAUUCGUAAGUUCGUGAGCUCAUGAGUUUGCGAGUUCAUGAGUUUGGGGCGAGGGUAUCCGUCGAAGCGUUUGCGUUUGGAGAGUUUGACUUUGGCGAGGUUGAUUUUGGAGAGUUCGGGUUUGGCGAGUUUCUCGAGUUUGGCGAGCUUGAGUCUGAAGAGUUUGAGUCUCGAGAGUUUGAAUCAUGAGGGUGCAAGUUUGGGGGGGGGUGUUGUUAAGUUUUUUUAGCUCUUUAAUACUAGCCUGGAGCGCCCGAUAACAGCCCCUCGCGCUAGGAUUCCCCUCCUCUGGAAGUAACCCAGGGAACAGGCCAGGCAAGUCCUUAACUUUAAACAGUUUCGCGGAGAUUCAGCCUCUUGGCAUUGAAUUUCUCAAAUUUCGAAGCUUUCUGCCUUAUUUUGUCGCUUUGGGGCGCACUACUAAUUAAAUUCGCAGGAUUUGAAUUUCUCCAACCCUGAAAUUUUUUGAUUUUAGGCAUUUUUCCUGAGAUUCAAUAUCCUGGCUUCGAAUUUCUCAAAUUUCGCAACUUUCCUCGUUAUUUUGUCCCUUUGGGAUUAAAUUCGCUGGAUUUGGAUUCCUCAAGUCCCAAAAUUUUUGAUGUGUUUUGCGCCUUUUUCUGGAAUUCAACUUCUUGGGUUUGGAAUCCAAUCUGUCAAAUUUCGAGGCUUCCCUUAUCAUUUUGCCCCAUUUUGGAUUAAAUUCGCUGGGUUUGGAUUUCUCAAAUUCCAAAAUUUUUGAUUUUAAGCGGUUUUUCUGAAGUUCAAUUUUCUGGAUUUGAAUUUCUCAAAUUUCGAUGUUUUCCGUAUUAUUUUGCCGCUUUGGGAUUGAAUUCGCUGGGUGUGAAUAUCUCAAAUCCCAGAGUUUUUGACUUUCCUUCGGCGGUUUGUUUCUCUGAAAUUCAAACUCUUGGCCCGUUAGUUCGUGAGUUGGGUUCAUGAGUUCAGGAGUUCGUGAGUUCAUGACUGAGCUCAUGCUCAUGAGUUCGUGGGUUCCGGAGUUCAUGAGUUCCUGGGCUCAUGGUUUGUGUCUCGGAGGUUUGGGGCUUGGGAGUUUUUGUGUCGGAGGUUGGGGGUUCGGGUGUUGGAGGUUCGGGUGUUGGAGGUUGAGGUUUCGGAGAGGAAGUGUUUGCUGAAUUUUGUUGCUCUUAAUAUUAUUCUUGUGUACUUAGGAAUGAAUGCGAAGUGGAACAAGUAGAUCUUCAUAGUUUGACACUCUAAUGCAAAGGCACUUGGCAUUCCGACGGAUGUUUUCACAGUACUGUUUACCAUUCCCCGAUUGGGAGGCUGGCUAGCGCACUGGGCCGAGUGGACAGAGGACCCAGAUAACCGCAUCUACCGACCCUUCCAAGUUUACAAGGGUACGUCUUGUUACAUGGAUUACCUCCUCCUCUUGUUCCAUGAUGAUGAUGGAGGAUUGGAUUUUUCUUUUUGACUCUGCAUCUUCAACUUUAUGCCCUGUAGUAAGUAUGUUGUAGAAGCGUGCCGCUAAUGUGCAUACAAUGCGAUCGAGAUGAUGGGCCACUUCCUGACUCAUCUACCUUUUGUGGUACGGGCCCCAACAUUUCUUUUAUACUCUUAAUUAAUAUUGUUAUUGUGUAUCUUCUUCAAUAUUUUGUUGAAGAUUGUUAUCUAGAUCAUCUACCCCUUCUCGUUCAAGGUGAAGUCCUGCGUGAUUAUGAAUCGAUCGAGAGUAGAAAGCCUGCCGAUCUGGAGCCCAAAAUUGCGAGAUCCGCCGUGAAUCGUCGUCGCGACGUAACCUUGGGCAAAGUAAAGCCUCAAUACUCGAAAAUUCUCCACGGUCAGGGUAACUAAGGGUUAUUUUCUAUUGAGUCACGACUACUAUGACCGAUAAUUUUUACAGAAAUGCGCCAAUUUGCUGCAUAUACAUAUUGGUGUUGCAAUGAUGAAACAAACAAGCCCUUGUUCUCGCUCGAACUACACACUGAUUAUCUUAUGAUCAUCGUAAACAGAAUAAUUGAGUCAGUUGUACGUGAUAUCUGCAAAAGUUUCACUUAGAAAGAAACAAGAACGCGGGCUAGAGAUCGAGCAUUACUCUGGUCUCUUUCAACAAGGCGUACUUGUUCCUUCCAGCUUGGUUCGAAAAAUAGUGCAAGUUUUCACUCCACAUGAGGAGAGGUCAAGAUCUCGAUCCUGUUUGCCUACGAUAUUGUAUCUAACAAAUUGAAAUUGUGAAGAAGUAGCACUAGGGGGCCUGCAUUGCGUCCCGUUUGUAUUGGCGCACGGGAAAUUACGAUAUUUAUAUAAAUAUUUAUAAAUAGGUGUUUUUUUUUCCGGUUUGGGUUUCCCUUCUAGUGUUUUGUCGCUAGUAUAUUUUGAGGAAUAGAUGUCACAUGGCGGACCGUCUUUGUUAGUAUGGCUAUGAAUAUGAAGAUGCCAAUCCAUUUUUUAUAGUUUCUUCACAUAACUUUUUACGCCUGCCGAAGAACAUUGUUGCAGGGAUUUGGAGCUUCCUGCUUUGACACAGGACAUCUUAAUAGUCGUGCCAGUACAGAUAAUUUUUAACUUUCUUCACCACACCCACGGCAGCGCACAGGAAAUUACUGACGGCUCACCACGUUGUUGCAGUGUUAAUUUAAUCAAUUGAAGAGUCGUACGCGGGAGAUUUAACUCUUGUUUUCAUGCCUGGAUUCGUUGACAGCGAGCACCGUUUCUAACAAUUCAUGUUACGGACCGCAUGGGCUGAAGGUCAGUCGUUGGCGCCUCGUUCUUGUUGUUUCCUGUCUGUUUGGUGGUUCGUCGUGGCCUUGUGCCGGUUUCCUUUCUUUCCAAUCAAACCAGGGCUAGGAAGGGUUAGUGGGUACUUGAUCGCUCAUUCUUGACUUUAUCAUCUAGUACAGAAUGGAGUAGCGGCUGCGUCUGCAGUAAACA